UUCUAGAAUUUAUUCGAUUCUUAACCAUUGUCUUAUCGUUUGCAGCGUUUGUUAAUAUACGUAACAAUACUUUGAUAAUUAAAGUCUUCGAAACAUCAACAAUCAAGAUGGUCAAUCGUUCUAUGACGUCACAAUCUCUAUUCAGUCCCGAUUUCCGCCGGAGUGUUCCAGAACAUGAUGCGUUCUACAAAUUUCAGUGUGUAUCUCUUGACACCGUAGUAAACAAUACAAACAACGUAGCUCCAUUAUUUGAAUACAAUCCUUCAUUCAACGACAAGCGAAGGAUCUCAAACGUAUCAGAAACGGGAAUACUACAACCGUACGGCAUGACGUCACAACUCCAUUCUGUCGUCAUAUUGGGUGAAUUAAGCGUGGGAAAAUCCGCUUUAUGCCGGAAGUACUUCCGCACCGGGAUCGAGGAAGGUCUGGGCGAAGAACUAUGCGAUUAUGACGACAUAAAUGAGUUUGUCGGGAAAAGCGCUUUUAAUCAUCACAUCUAUGAGCGACCCGUUGUAGUUCAAGGCACAGCUUGCAAGAUCAGAAUUCUAGACGUCAAUACAGAGAAACAUCUAAUCGAGUCUUGCGCGUGCGAUGACGUCACAACCAUCGGUCGUUACGCCGAAAUAGGGGACGGAUGCAUUGUUACGUAUGCUGUUACAGAUCGCGGAACUUUUAAAACGGCCGCAGAAAUAUUGAAGACAAUUAUCGAGGCGCGGGGCGAUUCUACGUCAAUGGGAGGCCCCGUGAUUUUGGUAGGAAACAAGUGCGACCUCGUGCGGAAGCGACAAGUUUCCACGAAAGAGGGCGUGCGACUUGCUGAAAAAUAUGACGUCAAAUUCGUUGAAACUUCAGCGUCACUCAAUCAGAACGUUGACGAAUUAUUUGAGGGGAUUAUCAGCCAAAUCCACCUGAGGGCGAAAAAGAGCUCUCCCAGCUCGGAAUGCGAAUCAACAGCGUCGUCUAGCGGACGCCAAAAAUCAGAAUUAUUGAAGAGGUUCAGACUCAACGUUUCAACGACCCUAAACGGUCUUAGAAGUCGAAGAGUGAGCAUUAAAAGCACCGAGUGUGACAUCACAGAAGUCAAAGAUCUAGAAUCGGAAGGAAUGACGUCACAAACACAAGACAAUUGUAUGAGAACAGAAGAACAUUCGGGAAACUUUGUUCGAAAGUUUGUGCGCCGGUUAUCGCGAAGGAAUAUCGGAAGAAAGCAAACAUGUCAGAAUAUGAGCGUUUUGUAACUUCCAUGGGUGGGACUCGUACCCGGGGGUCGUCGGGUCGAUUACGAAAAAGGGAAAUCGGUGCACUGUUUGCCGUUUAUCCCACGAACCGGUACCCUGUUUGCCGUUUAUCCCACAAACUGGUACACUGUUUGGCUUUUAUCAGACGAACUGCUACACUAUUUGGCGUUUAUUUUAUGUACCCUGUGUUUCAAACAGGUAUACAUUAUGUUAUUUAUUUCUUUAAUCGGUAUACUGUUUAACGCUUAUUUCACAGACGGUACAGUGUUUGUUAUUUAUUUCUUGAGCCAGUACACUGUCAGCUAUUUAUCCAACACAACGUACUGUGACGAAAGACAAUAUACUGGUGUUACGUCACACCUGUGGGCUUAGCAGCCAAACUUUUAUUUCACAUUUACUCAAGUAGCUUUCAACUUUACCUUAAGUUAACGACGGCAGUUUUUCUGCUGUUUUUUUCUCUUCGUUACUUUUCUCGUACAGAUAAAUAACAAGAUAUGUUAUGUUGGCAUGUACCUACGUAAGUCGUAACAACAAUAUAUUUUUUAAUUUAUGUGUCUUUCUUAUUGUAUCGUUCAACUUUUAUAAAUACGUUUCAAUUUGUACCAAUUAUUCGUAACGUUUCAACUAUUUUUGUUUGAUUUUUAAUAUCGCUGUUGCUUUAUAAAGAUGAAAGUACAUUGCUUGUAAAAGAUCGAAUUUUAAUAAUAAAUAAAAAACUAACUAACAAACAGUUAA